AAGUGCCUUUGCUUCCCGCCUUCGCCUGGAUCAUAGAGAUAGGAAAAUGUGUAAGUCUAUCAACAGGACGGGGAGUAUUAUUCCGUUCAGGUGAAAGGUCAACAGGAAAGCUUUGCUCGAGGAAAGAGACGGCGUGUGACGUAAUUUCCUGGCCUUUUCUUUUGCAAGUUUGGCGGGCGCACGUGUUGCCCCCGAAUAAUUUUUACAGUCGCAGCCGCCCCUCGCCUGGCCGGGUUGCUAUGAGUUUGCCUCUCAAUCCAAAGCCAUUUCUAAAUGGGCUAACUGGGAAGCCAGUAAUGGUGAAAUUGAAGUGGGGGAUGGAAUACAAGGGCUAUCUUGUAUCAGUUGAUGGCUACAUGAAUAUGCAGCUUGCCAAUACUGAAGAAUAUAUUGAUGGUGCAUUGUCGGGACAUCUUGGUGAAGUUCUGAUAAGGUGCAACAAUGUCCUAUAUAUAAGGGGUGUAGAAGAAGAAGAAGAAGAUGGAGAAAUGAGAGAAUAAUAUUGGGAAAUCUUGUGUUUUUUAAUGCGUAAAAUAUGUAUAUUCAGUUGUAGCUUUUGAAAAAAAUUCAUGUUUUGUAACAUUACAUUUUGGGAGGCAGAAAAAUACAUAUGGCUGAAAGAAACAGUCAAU